GAGAUGUUUAACUCUUGUGCAAUAUGUAAGGACUCCAAGCUGACCCAGCAAAACUGAGGGGACCCAAACUAUUAAAAACAGUCCAGCUCUUUUGGCAAAAACAGGCAGGAAAUGUCUCAAAGGAAUGAAGAACACUUAGUUUUAGUUUCAGUAUGACCUCUUUGGAAAAGCUGGGAGGGGGUAAAAAUAUUUUCCUCUCUGCAGUCCAGAGCAUCGGUAUGAGUUCCACGGAAAGAUCACUAAAGGCCCUAAUUCCCGUACCAAGAGGACUGAUGGUAUAAAUAACCAGGAUCUGGCCCCUUUCAGGACUCUGCCUUGUGCAUCUCCUCAGUCAUCAUGAAGGUAAGGAGCUUUUAGACUCAAAAACAAGACUCUUUAAAAGAUGUUAUUUGAGGUAUUUGACAGCUAUGAUCUGACUCAUGUAACACUGUUUGUGAGUUUACUUUUAAACCUCCUCCACCGUAUGUCUCCUCCAUGUCUGUUUCUUUCCCCUCCCUCCUUUAGGAUACUGAACAAACUUUUUUCACAGUGGUACCAUUGCUGCUCUUGCUCACUGACAGAGGGUAAAUCCGAUUUUCUUAUUUAUUUAUCUUUUUUUUAAGUGUUUCACUGUUAAAAGCUGUAAAUGACCCAAGUUUACAAUGAUCAUCUUGUUUUGUUUGCUAAAUUCAUCAAAUUUCAAACCUUUUCUGAAGAAUUUGCUACCAGAGAGCUGAUUGCCAGUGGGGGCCUUUUGGUGAUUGGUCCGAGUGUGAUGGCUGCACCAAGUUACAGGUCAGGGAGAUGAAAAAAUGUCUUUGAAUGAUCAUCCCAUCUGUCAGCACUGAAAAUUAACAAGUUAAAGGUUGAUAUUAACCUUUUUUUUCCACACAAAUGUUUUUUAAAGAUUUCUUGGUCAUCUUGUUGUUUGUUACAGACCAGAAGCAGAUCCAUGAUGGUGUUUACUCAGUUUGGUGGAAACCCCUGUGAUGGUGAACGUACUGAGACGAGGUCGUGUGAAACCACCAAAGGCUGCCCUCUAGAGGAUGGAUGUGGAGACCGGUUUCGCUGUGGAUCUGGUUAGAACCGAACCUCAGCUAAAACAUACAACCAUAAGGAGUGCAAUUAGAAACACCGAUCAAUCUGUCCAACUUUUGAUCCUCAGGGAAGUGUGUGAGCCGGUCUUUGCUGUGUAACGGGGAUGUAGACUGUGAGGGAGAUGGCCUUGAUGAACGUGUCUGUGAAAUAAAAAAAUACAUGGUAUGCUCAAGCACGGACUUACCACCAAAUAUGAACCUCCUGGGACUUGGGUAAGUGACAAAUCUCAAGAAGUUUUGUUACAAAAAACAAUAUAUGGAAACUAGACUGGCAUCACCAGACCAUUACACUUUGGUAAAUAGGUCUUUUUUUUUGCUCACGCACCUCAUGCAUUGGCAUGGAUAGGGGCCCACUGACAUUGAGAGUGUACAGGACCCAGAAUUUGGUGCUUCGCCCCUGAGAGCGGCUAAUAGAUUUGGCAACAUUAAGGCUACAAGGACACAUAAGCAAGAACCAUUUUCUGACCAGUGGGGCCUUUUCUGCGUUUGUAGGUUUGAUGCUGUAACAGGAAAGCGGAGGGCCAGUGUUAUCAACACAAACAGCUUUGGGGGCCAGUGCCGGACCUUUUGGUUCCACAACGCUGUCUACAGACUGCCCCUCAGCACACUCAAAUUCAGCUACAAGGUUAGUUGUUGUAGAAAUAUUUGGUGUUGUUUUUUCUUUGGUAAAUACUGCAAAGAUACGUUGAUGGGUUUGACACCUUCCUUAAGCCAUAAACUGUAGGUUGUAGAAGAAGCAGACAUAGCCUCUGGUUUUAAAAGUGAUGCUACAUAAUUGGACAUGCAUUCUUUAUAAUUGCCAGCAGGUAGAGACCAAACUGAUAUUUUUAUUAGCCAAUCUAGAUUGCCCAUAGAUGUGAGGGUGUCUGGUUAUCUGGCUGUAUGUUAUUUUUGCACUGUGAGAAACUGGCAACCUGUUUAGGGUGUACCCUGCCUGUCACCCAAUGACUGCUGGGAUUGGCUCCAGUCUAUGUCUAAUGCUGUAAUGUUUUUAGUGCUGAAGGUAAUGAAUUGAUGGAUGGACGGGGUGCUCUGAUCUAUAGUAGAAUUACCACAGUGUUAGCUUCAGGGCUUUCCUGUGAUCAAUGAGGAAGCCCCACAACCUGGCAGACCUGGCAACCAUGUAAUCCUAAUGUGUACUCCUCUAACUGUUAAUAUCUAAUAUGGUGAUGGCUUAAAUGCUGAACUCAAGGCUUAAAAAAGGGGUGGUGACAACAACCAUCUCUGAAGUCCACAGAGUUAUGUAUUACAUAGCAGAGUUGGGGGCUUGACGACUCGACUCAAGACUCGACUUGGACAUGAGUCCCGUUUUUGACUUGCUUGAUGAAAUCCAGAAAUGACUUGGACUCGCUUGGGACUUGAUUGCUAAAGACUUGAGACUUGACUUGACUUGAGCCCAGUGACUUGAAAAGUCAAGUCAAGUCUUUUCAAGUCACUUAAUACCUUACAGCAAGCCCAAACCAUUUAAAAAGUGUCGCAUCAACUAAUAGUCAGGAAUUACUGCCGUUGGUAACACCAUGUUGUGUUGCCAAGUCUGCUUAUUUCCCGCAAAAAAAAUUUGCUUGUUUUUGGCUUGUUUCUGGAAGUCUGUUUCCUUAUUUCUCUUAUGAAACUUGGCAACACUGUCUCAAGCUCUAGCCUCCCUCAUAACGACAACACCGGGAGAACUGAACAUAAAUCGCUCGCUAGUACUGCCCACCUGUUUCCAUGUGUUGCCUUGUGUCUCUCUUUUGUUUUGUUUUGGAACAGUGAAUUAGAGUAUCAGUUUAAUGUUUAAUUGUAUUUGAGUCUCCCUUAUUUUUGUGCAUAUUGUCUAAGUUUCCAAUUAUUGAAGUUUAUCUGAUUAUUUUUUGUAUGACAUGUAAAAUAGUUUGGUUAAAGCUGCACUAUGUAACUAAACACAAACAAGAACCCUUGUUUAACAAUAAAUGCUAACAGUGAAAAAUGCCCUUGAUUUAUGUAAAUCUUUACAUAUAACAAAUGGUUUAUGGCUUUGAUAUGACUUGUUUUUGACUUGAAAGAAACGGUAAGGACUUGGACUUGACUUGAGACUUGUCUGUGUUGACUUGGACUUGACUCGAGACUUGAGAGCAAAGGACUUGGACUUGACUUGGACUUGCAACAUAGGGACUUUCCCCCACCUCAUAGGAUGUCUUGAUAUCUAUGAAACCAAUAAUAUACAAUCUUUGCAUUUACUCCUGAUAUCAAUAAGUGCUGAAGUUACCUUAGUUCUGCAUCCUUUGGGAUCAGGAAUUGUAUAUCGCUCAAUUGUGUGAAACAUUAAUAUUAAACCUUUUAAAAACAGUAAUGCACGGGCUACUGUAUGUCUGACUGAUGCUGUUUUCAGGUCACAGUCAAGAAUGACUUCAGUGAUGAGGUGUACACAAGUAAAUGGCACUAUGCAAAGGACACGGUACGCAGAGAAACAGCGUCUGGGACAACAACAGGAUUUCACAACUAUGACUUUCAUCAGACGGAGGACAGGACUCAGGUGUGUAGGAAGCUAAAACAAUGACACUGUACAUUGAUCAGACAAUUAGGAAUGAAGAUAUUACUAUUAUUCAUGUACUUGUCUCUUUCCAGACCCACAAACUUUUAGUGUUACAGAACAACAUCGAGGUGGUUGAGUUCCAGAGCAAUUCUCCUCGGUACCUCCCCAUAUCUGAGGAGUUUUGGAAGGCACUAGCCAAACUGCCAUCAGUCUAUGACUACGCUGCCUACAGGAAAGUCCUGGAGAGGUUUGGGACACACUACCUGUCAGAGGGAAGCCUUGGAGGCUCCUUCAAAGUCAUUGCAAGUGUUGAUGAAGAAACUGAGAGAAUCAUGAGUAAGGAUUUAAAAAUCUGUAUCAGCUUUUUUUGUGGCCUAAACCCAUGACAGAGUAUUAGGGCCACAUUAAGAAAGAAAAAAUUAAUACUUUGAGAUUAAACUCUUUAAUUUACGAGAAUGAAGUCAUUACUAAUGAGAAUAAAGUCAAAUUAAACUCAUUACUCCCGAGAAUAAAGUCAUAAUAAAAUCAUUAUUUAUGAGAAUAAAGUCGUAAUAAAAUAAUUACUUACGAGAAUAAAGUCAGAAUAAAGUCCUUAUAUUCUAACCUGUUGUUUAAGAUGACAGUUGUUGAAAUGAGAGCCAUGGAGCAUUGUGUGAAAAUGUACUUUAAUAUAGGUUUCUCAAACAAGGAGAUACUUAAUCUUUUGGCACAUCAGCACCACAUUAUCAAAAAUAUCAAAUGAUUUUAUUAGGACUUUAUUCUCGUGAGUAAUUACUUUGUUACGACUUAAUUCUCGUAAGUAAUUACUUUGUUACAGCUUUAUUCUCGUGAGAAAUGAUUCUAUUACGACUUUUUUCUCAAUUACUUUAUUACGACUUUAUUCCUGUUAGUAAUGACUUUAUUCUCGUAAGUUAACGACUUUAACCUCAAAGUCUUAAUUUUUUCUUUUUUUAAUAUGGCCCUAAUACUUUGUUGUAUAAACCAAAGAAAAGUUUGUCUAAAAGGAAAAGAAACCUCUUUAUUUGUGAAAGCUUUAUUAGAAUUAAAAUAAAAUGUUACUUUUACAAUCAAGAUUUCUUAAAGUGACAGUGACUACUUUUUGACAGGUCAUGAAACAAGCUCUAAUUCACAUUGAUGUAUCCCUGUGACCUACAAUGACGAGACUGGUAUUUUCUCAAUUCUUAUUUUGAAAACCUGUGACACUGUGAGGUGAUGAUUGAGGGGUGACCAGAUGGGAUCAUUUAGAAACAUCUUUCUUUAAACUUUCCCAUAGCAAAUAUUCCCAUUAAGUGAUGCAUUUCACCAUAAAAGAAGGCUGAUGAGAGUUUUCUCUUAGAAAUACUCACCUAAAACAAGUAAAAUCAACAAAUAUGAGAGAAAUACUCAUUGUCUCCAGGAGAUGCCAAAAUAGGAAAAAAGAAACUUCCUCUAAGAAGCUUUAAACUGUGAGUGUAUAAGUGUCAAUCAUGCUAUUAUAUUCUGGCACUAAAUUUUUGCUAUCUUUUCCUUUUAAUUUUCUAUCGAUUCGUAGGCAGUGAAAGCGAGCGGUAUCAUGAGUGUGAAAGGACCAAACGUUGGGUUCUUUUCUUCCCCAUCACAUCAGAGAGCUGCAGGAAGGAUGAUCAUCAGCGCUCAUGGUCGUCUCAGGGUACUUUUAUGGAUGUUAUAAACUUUUCAGUGUAAAUACCAGCAUUUGAUUUUGUUUUAUGACUUGCUUGUCUCCCUAACUUCCAUCACCUGUAAAAUCUUAAAAAAAAAAAAAAAAAAAAAAAAAAAAAGAUCAUAGGACAAAUUCGGUGAACAAAGUUGACGUUGAGGGUGGUGGCAUUGAACACGCUGCAGCACUGCAGGGACUGAAUUUGAAUGACCCGGACAGGAACUGGGAGAUGUACUCAAACUGGGCUGACUCUGUACGAACAUUUCCAAAAGUCAUCAAACAAAAGGUAAAAUAAAACCCUAGACUUCUCAAUCUGUGAAUUUUGUAUGUAUUUCAGUAUCCAACCAAACCAAUUAAUACAAUCUUCCAACGCUCUCGAGUUCCUCUCUCUUUACCAUUUACUUUUUAUUCUGCAGCUGCGGCCUCUGUCAGAGCUGGUGAAGGAGGUGCAGUGUGCCGGUGCGAAGAGGCAUUAUCUUCGCAGGGCUAUAGAGCAGUACCUUUCCGAGAGAGAUCCCUGCCACUGUCGGCCCUGUAGUAACAACGGUAUGGCUGUCAUGGAUGGGGAUGAAUGCAAAUGUCUCUGUAAGCCCGGCACAUCAGGACUGGCCUGUGAGCUGGGAACAGAAGCAGGCGGUCAGCAGGGUGAGUUUCACUGUAACAACAGUUCUUCACUACUAAGAAAGCGUGCCUCAAACUGUUUUCACAACCCUGUCUUUGCCCUGUUGGCAUCUAUUAGAUAAACAGAAAUAUCACAGUUCAAUAAUUUCUUCUCUCUGCCUCUCGAGUGCUACAACACCUUCAGUACAGGUUAUUCUCAUGCUGCUCUCACGGUGCUCACAAUUUAAAAUAGUUUGAGACAACACUGUGCUCAUCCAUCGCUUCUCCCUCGUAGACCAAUCCUAACAACGAAAGGGGGGAUCUCCUGUAUUAGCUUUUAAGGGUUUAAUUCUCAGAUCUAGAGCUACUGCUAAUGCCAAGACGGGAUACCUCAUACACUGUUUUUAUAUCACCUGUAAAAUUUCCCUCAAUAAGAAGUACAUGUUCGGCAUACAGAGCAAGCAGACUUACCAAUCACUAUCGAGAAAAGCAGGGUGGCUGCAGCACUCUGAAGUCUGAGGUCGUGGAUAGGGCAAAAAAUUCCAUUAGCUGUCACAGGUACUCAAAUCCUUUUUCAAUCCUCCUCCAUUUUUCUGCUUACAAAGGAGUGAUCGAUGGGAGCUGGGCUUGCUGGUCUGCCUGGUCUUCGUGCUCUGGAGGUCAAAGAUCAAGAAGUCGCUCAUGCGCCAAUCCCGCACCUCGGAAUGGGGGACAGCACUGUAUUGGAGAGACCACUCAAACGUCUGACUGUGAGGAAGAGGACUUGGAAUAUUUAAGGUCAGAGGCAGAUUCAGUUCAUUUUGGAGUUCAAAUUGCACCAUCAGUUAAAUCUUUGAAGUCUAUUAUCAUUUACUCUAAUAUUUUCAGAACAAUGGAGCCUCAGUGCUUCGAUCAAACUCUUCCAGCAAGUCAGAAAUGUGGGACCCCCCCAGCUUUAGUCAAUGGUUACAUCCUGGUAAAGUUCAAAAACAACAUGUGCAAUCACAAGCAUUGUAAUUCUUCUUUUGUGUUGUUUCAGCCCAUGGUAUGUGUCGACCAACUUAUACUCUCACUCUGUAAAGCUCACAGCCUUUGUAUCACCAGCCUCUUAAUUUCUGCCUUUUUUCAGUAAAUAUUUAUCUACAUGUUAUCUUUACAUGCUCCAUAGGAUCCUAAGGACAUUUAUCUUGUGGGUAGUAGAGUGGAGUACACUUGCACUGAUGGUUUGUAUCUUAUUGGUGACGGCAUCAUUGAAUGCACUGCUGCCCUAACCUGGUCUGACGGCCCUGGACUGUGUGCACGUAAGAAACUACAUAUGAAAAAUAAAUGAAUAAAUAAAAACAGUUGUAGAUUUAUUGUGAACUGCUGCAGUUUUUUUUUUGUCAAAGUAUACUUUUUUUUUCCCACAGCAACAAGGUGCACGCUUGAGUCCCUCGCUGAAGAUGUGAUUGCCACUCCUUUAAGUCGGAACUAUUACAUUGGCAACAUGGUCACUUUAUCCUGUCCACCAGGGAAGGAACUGAGAGGAGCGGAAUCAAUUUCUUGUGACUCCAGCCAGAAUUUCUCACCUGACCCUGCAGAAAUCAGCUGCAUACCUGGUAUAUUUUACAGUCGGUUUAUUUAAAUCAUCUAUGACUGACUUGAUGAUCACUCUUUCUUUUAAUCACUGUUUGUUUGGUGUGUCCACAGUCAGUGCGCCACAAAAACUCACCCCUCCCACAGUGCUAUGUAAACCGUGGGAGAAGUCUGCCAGAGGAAAAUGUGUCUGCAAAAUGCCCUUUGAAUGCAGGUAUACCUUUUUUUUCUAAUAUAAAGAAAAGACUUUGAUAUGAGUUUUUUCAUCAAAUCAAGUGAUAACAUGGAUGUCUUUGUGCCACCAGUUCAUCUUUGGAGAUGUGUGCCACUUCUCCUGCACGAGGAACAUCUAUUCUUCUGAGUGUAUGCAAAAUGCAUGCACUGCGCUGUAUGGGAAAGAGUCACACAAUAGCUGAGGACAGUGCCUGCGAGUGGCCGGAGCGCAGCACAGCAGGCUGCAACGACUGUCACAUGUGGGAAACCUGUGACGGUAGGGAGGUUCAAAACAGGCCAUAUUAAAGUAAAAGUUUUGUAAUUUGUAGUCCUUUUUCUCAUUUGUCCAUUUGUAAUUCUUGCAGCUCAAACCAAUGAAUGCCGUUGUAAGGACUCUGCAGAUUGCUCCAACCCGGGGUCACAGGUGUGUGUCCGUGUUGGGGAGGAUGAAAGUGCAGCUGCUCAGAACAUGAGUGAGUGCGAAGCAGGACUGCAGAGAUGUAAAGGAGAAAAGGUGUCAGUGGUCAGUAUCCUGCCUUGUGAUGCCUGAAGAUGGAGGGUGUGACCUGAAUGUCCCCUGAAUAUCAAUCCAUAAUAAUACUCUCUCCAUAUUUCUACAGUCAGAUUUCCAUGUAACCACUUUAUUGCAUUUGAAAAAUUUACUAUUGUGUGCAAAUAAACAAAAAAAUUAAUAGCAUGUGACCUGCCAUGUUGAAUUUCUU